UGUCAUCAUUUGUCAACGAAAAUUAACAUGUAAAUAUUUUAGGGAUAUUUAAAAAUUAUGUCGGGAGAUGAAGCGUGCAUAUCAAUUGUUAAAAGCGAUGUUGUUUUAUUGACCAAUGAAAUUAUUACUUGUGAAUAUACCUCACAGGAAAAAGGAGAAGAUCUCUUGGACAAAAUAUGUAGGUUCCAAAAAAUCAACGAGCCCUUCCACUUCGGGCUUAAAUUUAAAGAUAUUAAUGGUUCAAUGAAAUGGUUGCACAUGCAAAAACUUAUAACGACACAAGUUAACUGCCGAAAUAUUAAAUUUUAUUUCCAAGUUCAGUUUUAUCCGAUUUUGCCAAAUGAUAUUUGCGAUGUGCAUACAAGACACAAUUUGUAUCUUCAACUAAGGAGAGAUUUUCACGAAUCCAAAUUUAUUAUUUCUCCUUCUGUUGAGGUAUUUUUGACGGCAGUUUUAAUGCAAUUGGACUUGGGUGAUAAAUGCAAUUACGAUAAAAAUGAACUAUACAUGUACCAACCUAAGAUAAUACAUGAAGAAGCAAAAGCACUUCACGAAAAAAUGAAAGGAAUUAGUGCUUUCGAGGCACAGGAAUGUUUUCUUGUUACCAUUGGAAAUAUUGAUGGAUAUGGAAUGGAAGUUCAUGAAGUAAGGGACUCUGAAAAUAACGUUUGUCAUAUAGGUGCAAAUUUUUGUGGAAUAUCAGUUUUUAAAAACAGAAAUUUGAAGGAUAUUAUGAAUUGGGUAGAAAUAGAAAAAUUUCUUUGGGAAGAUGAAAUAUUUAUAAUAGUUUUACAUGGUAGAAAUUCGGAAGCGUUUAACUGUGGAACAAAGAGUAAAUGUUUUUACAUUUGGAAGCAAGUAAUGGAUCACCUUAUUCAUUUUUGCAUCACAAAUGAGGACAGGGAAACACAAUUAUCGGGGGUACGUGAUAUGUUAAAUAAUUUAGGUGAUGCCUCUAGUGUUUCUACAAUAUUAACUGAUAAAUCUCUAAAACCACUCAAUGAAGUUAUAGCAAAUUUUCUUUGGGAUGUUGAUCAACAAAUCGAAGAAGAAAGUGUCAAAUCCAUAUCAAAUGUGAUGAUUAUAAGUGAAUAUAAUUUUAAACAUAAUGAUUUUGAGGAUUACAAUGGAAAAUGUCAGGAUUUAGUAGGUCAAACCUACUUAUAUUUUGUGUUUUUUGUUUUUGUUAUAAUAUUUGCAAUUAAAUCGGACGUUUUAUUUAUGUUUGAAAGGAUAAAAUAAUAAUAAUAUUAAUAAAACUCAAAGUUCAUGAUCACAAUUUGUUUAAUUUUCAGUGUAGUAGAUUAAAGUUUGUGUGUUGAAACAUUCACAAGCUUAGGUACAAGUUAUCAAUAAAUAUAAUACAUACAAAGUGCUUACAAAUAUUUAAACAUUUUAAUUAAUAAUUUACAUUUGAU